CACUUAGCCGUACAUAUGGCUCAUCUUAGUACCGGACAAUGGAUUGUCAAUCAACUCCUCACAGCAGCCAUGAACAAGGAAAUAUUUGUCAAUGUGCUUGUUAGCACUAUGAGCGCUGACGCGGGCGUCCGCAAACAGGCGGAGGCGCAGUUGAAAGAGCUCGAGUGCCAGGCCGAGGCUACGGCGUUGUUCCUUGAGAUUGCUGUGGACACAGCUGCGCCGCCCGGCGUACAGAUUGCGGCCGCCAUUUUCUUCAAGAACCGUGUGGCCAACUACUGGCUUGAAGCGAGCUCCAAGUUCCGCACGCUUGCGAGCGUGAUCCCCGAGAGCGAAAAGCCCGCGCUAAAGACGCAGCUCGUCCAGGCAAUGAUCCAGGCCUGUGGCAACACACACAUCCGUGCGCAGUUGACGGAGGCACUACAGCACAUCUUGACCCUCAGCGAGUGGAGCGAAUUGCUCGAUGUGGUGAUGCAGUUGUUGGGCGAGACGACGAACCGUGCAUACGUCACCACUGGGGUGUUGUGCCUCUAUCAGCUUGUGAAACGCCACCGCUGGGCUUCCGGCGCGUCAGAGAACACGCUCAAUACGGCGGUGACACGCGCAUUCCCCGCUCUCGAGGCGCUUGCGGUAUCGCUCGCAGACACAUCCGACGCGCAGAGCGGCGAGUUGCUCUACCUCGCGGUCAAGCUCUUCAAAUUCGCCACGUACUCACAGUUGCCAGACUAUUUCCGGGACCCUGCCACGCUCGGCCGCUGGUUUUCAUUGCAGACGGCGAUUAUUGACAAGCCUGCGCCGAAAGAUCUCAUGGCGAUGGACACGGCCGCACGCGCGGCUGAUCCGCGUGCCAAAUGCAUCAAAUGGUGUUUUGCCAACAUCCACCGCUUCCAGAGCCGCUAUGGCGGUGGCUCCGCGUCCGCAAAUGCAGACCCGCAGUUUGCAGAGUUCUUCCGCACGCAUUUUGUGCCAGAGAUUUUGGCCACGUACUGGCGUCUCGUGGAACAAUGGAUCAACGGCUCCGUGUGGUUAAGUGAGGUCUCGCUCUACCACUUGAUCUCUUUCUUUGAGCAGCUCAUCGACACGACGGCAUUCGCGCUCUUGGAGCCUCAUCUCGACUCGUUCCUCCAGCUUGUCGUUUUCAAGUCGCUCUGUGCGACAACUGAAACCGUCGAGUUGUUCGAGACCGACCCCGAGGAAUAUAUCCGCCGCUACUAUGAUAUGAACCGUGAGGGCAACACCGCGGAUGUGGCAGCCGGUAACUUCGUGUACAAGGUGGUGGGCAAGCGCAUGGCCACGUGCGGCGUGUUGCUCACGCUCGUAGAUGGCGUGUUUGCGGCGCGACGUGCGGACCGCGCGAGCGCGGCGUGUGCAUUCCAGACAGAGGGAGCGUUACGCGUGUUGAGCGCGAUUCUGUUUGCACUUGAGCGCGAGGGAAGCCCCGUGCGCGGGCAGGUAGACGCGGUGCUCGCGCAGUUCGUGGUGCCGGAGUUGGGUGCGGCGGAGGAUUUUCUCACGGCGCGCGCGUGCGAGUGUGUGGCAGUCUUUGCGCACACGUACCGUGACGAGCAGGUGUUGGCGCGCGUAUUUGAGGGCGUACGUGCGUGUUUUCUGCGCGACGACGCGUUACCCGUACAGAUCGAAGCGGCGGACGCGCUCCGCGCGUUGGUUGCGGAGCCGCGUGUCGUGCAGUUUCUCGCGCCAGACGUACCGCGCGUGAUGGAGAAGUUUCUCAAGCUCAACCUGGAGUUCGAGAGCGACAUUCUCUCAUACGUGAUGGAGAACUUUGUGGAGGUGUUUGCAGCGCAGCUUGAGCCCUUUGCCGUGCAGCUAGCCGCGAGUCUAUGCGCACAGUUUGUGAAGCUCGCGUCGGAGAUUGUCGAGACUGGCGAUAACGAUGACAAGGAGUAUCAGGCGCUCGGAGUGCUCAACACACUCAUCAGCAUGGCCAUCUCCAUGAACAGCUCUAAGGAGGUUACCGCCUCUUUAGAAGCAACCAUCGCACCGUUGGUCCAGUUCGUACUCGACAACGCGAUGGUCACCUUCCUCCCCGAGACGAUGGAAUUCUUGGAGAGCUGCAACUACGCGUCAAAGUCCGUCACCGCGACCGGCUGGACACUCUUCCAGACCGCGAUGCUGUCGUUCCAGACGUACGGGAUGGACUACUUUGCGGACUACGUGAACUACUUCGAGUCUGUAAUCAACUACGGGUUUUGCGAUUUGCCUGGUGAUUCGCAGCGGAUCGGUGAAAUGCUCGACGUGUGUCUCAAUCUUUUGAGCACAACCUAUGAGGACAACCCCGACAUCAUGGCUGCUUAUGAAAUCUUGCAGUUCUGUCUUGUCACCUUGCAAGGGAAGCUUUUGCCCGCGUUGGAGAAUGUUUUAUCGGUGGGAUUCAAUGUUUUCCGCCAGUUGCAAGACGGGGGGAUUAUCAGCGAGCUUGAGUUGAACGAAGUGGACUUUGUAAAGUUUGGGCUCGCGGCAUUGUACGCAGAUGCGCGCACCACCAUCGCGUUCCUCCACCAGAAUGACCUCGCGGUGUCAUUUUUCGAGUUGUGGUUCAACCAUAGUGACGACUUGGAUACGGUGCUUGGCUUGAAGCUCCAGAUUCUUGCCACAGUCAAUGUGGUGAUGUUACCACAUUUACUGUCGUUGGAGCCGCACUUGCCCCAGAUUUCCGCCAAGUUAAUGGCCGCGCUUGCGAGCUUGCCUGACGCGAUCAAUCGCCGCCGCAAGAUCAUUGCGCGUGACGCCGUGCACAGCGAGGAGUAUGGCACAGAUGCGGACACGUUUGAUGUGGGGAUUGAGGAGCUCGACGCGGUCAAGACCAGUCCGAUCUACGACGUGAAUGCGGUUGCGUUGGUGAGCAAGUCGGUGCAGGAGUUGCGCACAAACCAGCCGGAGAGGUAUACGAAGUUCAUGGCAUCUUUGUCGCCGGAGUUUUUGACGUAUGUUAACUCGCUUGCCUAAUCGGCAGACUAUAUGAAAAACGGUCUGUCGGUAUAGAUGAUAAACUGAGGAUAGACCGAGAGUGUCUAAACCGCUUCAAACGGUUUGUGAUGGAAACCAGAUAUUAUGUACACUAGUUAUGACCUAUUAAUGCAUCUGUGACGGUGAUUCUAGCCCAGGUAAGGUGGUCUAUUAUGUAAACGGUUUAUGGGUUGGUUGUGAUGAAUUUAAGACCGUUUAGCGGCGUAUGGUGAAAGCCAAAGGCGGGAAGGCUGUUGGAAGGAUAUAGAGCGGUUUGUGGUCUAAUCCGAAGCUUUCAGAUCCGAUAAAGCUUUGGUUAGGACCGAGCCGAAGAUCGAUACAAGGGAAUUAUAUGAUCACCCGUCUAAUUUUUCCAAAAUAAACUGAACGGUGUUGGCUGUAUGAUAAAUCUAUACCACGCUAAUCUAGCCAUUUAGCUACAUUUUUCACGAAACGGAAUCAGGAAAGGUGUUAAAU